UGCACUUCCUUGUUGGUUCUUAUUGUAAGGUAGAUGUUGAGUCAACCGUGGUGAAGCUGUCGUCGACAAUGUUGAGAUUGGUGCUGAUGCUGCUUCACCUUGCAGUAAUUAAUUCUGUACUGGUGAAUAUUGCAUUAAACAAGUCGACAACAACAGUGCGUUCAGGUCGUAUUACUAACGGCGGACAUUCGGCUGUGGACGGCAACACCAGCAACAUCAGCUGCAUCUCGUUGUUCCCAUACACCUGGCUGCGGAUUGACCUUGACACGACCAUGAAGGUGCAUGCUAUUAUACUGCACCGAGGAUCACAGCCCUCCAGCGACACAUACUGGAACAAAACAGAGGUGUGCGUGUCUCCCAGACCAGAAAUGACCGAGCCUCCUGAUGAUGAAUACCUGUGCAACCUUUCAAGCAACACAGAGGCAUCCAGCUUGCACGUCUCGUGCAGAAAUCAGGGACGCUUCGUCUUUGUUAGGAAUACCUUCACGUCGAUCCCCAGUCUCUGUGAGGUCCAGGUGUAUGUGUGUACAAACGGCAGCUAUGGGGCUGAGUGUUCACAGAGCUGCGGGUACUGUGGAGGGGGAUCCUGUGAUGCAGAUACCGGCGUGUGUGGAGGCGGAGGCUGCAUGGCGGGGUAUUCAGGAAGCAACUGCGACAUCCAUGAGCCUGAUACAGGGAUGUCAGCGCCCGUUGCUGGUGUCAUUGGGGCCGUCAUCCUCCUGCUCGUCAUUGCAGCGAUUGUGGCUGCAGUAAUCUGCUAUUUCUGCUGCAUGGAAAGAAGAGGGGCUGCUGCGAUCAGUCGUCAACAGUCAGUAGCACCGGACGGUCAUAACAACAGUCUUCGAGACAGAUUGCGUCGAAGUCGGGUAGGCCUUGUCUUUACAAGUCUCUUGAGACCGAGAGAACCGACUGUGUCCCAGGCAACUGAUGCUCAACGGAGACAUGUGAAGAGCACCCAUCAACCAGCGAGGUCCGCUGUGAACAGUAGUUCUGUCCUAAAGAAGUCAGUAAGUGACAAGCCUGGCGCCGCCGUGAAUGUGUCGAGCGCGAACAACAGUCAGCCCACAGAUCUAGAAAAACAGCCCGGAUUUGAAAAUACUGCAUUUGAAGACGAUGACUCUGAAAUGUACGAGGUGCCAAUCCAUGAUCCUUUGGCGGAGUCAGAGUAUCUUGCAAUGGGAGCAGAAAAUGUCACCGAAGACAACUACGUAAACCAAGGGACAGAUGCUGACGAUGACGACCAACCAGUGUAUGAAGCUAUGGAGAUUACAGGCGAAAAAGAAGAAACGGACCAACCCAGCAAAGACGGAGAAUGUUAGACUAUCAGUUGACAUGAUAUAAGUGUGUGAAAACACAGGCCUUUCUAGCAGCUGUCGAGACGAUGAAUGUUUGGCUAUGUUUGACAUGCAACAAGUGUAUAUGAAGACUCAGGCCUUUCUAGCACCUGGGGGUGGUUUGGCACACCAUCAAUGCAUGAUGACCAAUUCUGCAACUGCAGAGCUGCAUGCAACGUAUGUAUGAAGAUACGGUCUGUCUAGCAGAGACAGGGAAUGUCUGAGAGUGAGUGAGUGAGUUGGGUUUAUCGCCGCUUUUAAUAGUAGUCCAGUUAUAUCGCGGCGCGUCAGCUUAAUGUGGGAGGAAAGCCCGAAGUGAUGCAGGUCUCAGACG